ACUCAUGGUCUAUAUGAAGCUCGCUCUACUCAAGAAUCGUACUGGAAGUUUCCAAAAUUCGUUUUCUUGCAAAUCAUCAAUUUUUAAAACAAGAGCUAAAUAAUUAUAGUUUUCAGAAACGAUUGAAGUAUUAUGAGAUGGCGUUAAGCUUCAAGCAGCAGAUAAUUUGCAGGUGGAUUUGCAUGGCGUUAAGCGGCCUGGGAUUUGUGUGUUACUGUGUGGCGUUCAUUAUUCCGUACUGGGUGUAUAUCCGGACAGAUGGACACGUCCUCCGGUACGGAGUGUUUUCGGUCUGUAUCGUUACAGCACGGAGCAUGGCAUGCGGGACAGUCGCCCCGGAAACAGUGAACGGUGUGUUUGUGGCAGCCCAGGCGUUUGCUACCCUAGCCCUUCUGACCUACUUCGUGGCUGCCGUUAGCUGUGCUCUCACCCUGUGUUGGCCUUACCCGUGGAGUCGCUACUUCCUGUUUGUGUGUGGAGGAUCGGCUUUGAUCACAACCCUAUUCGGAGGAACAAUGACGGUGCUUUAUAUCAUGUAUCACGUCGAGAUGCUGUCAUCACUACAAUUUGGGUUCUACAUGGCAACCGGAAGUCUCUUUGUGACACCUAUUGUCGGCGUUUUUGCAAUUCUUGCCGGCAAAGCAACAACACGUCCAAAGGAGGACAAUUCAGACGAUGGAAGCUUUCUAACUCUAAGACCUCUAUUUUCCCCGCGAUCGUCGAGGUGGAAGCGACAACCGUCAACUCCACCCCCUACUUCUUCAACAAGUUUGGCAGUGACCUCCCCUGUACGGGUUUCGGUGGAUGAGUCAAUGACGUCACACGAAAGAGACCGGCGGAUCACUGUUUCGACCAUUACUGUUUCACCGGGACGGUUCUCAGCCGAAAACCCUGUCACCCCAUCUCAGAUUUUGCCAAUGUUUAAGCAAACACCACAAAACAGACGAAAUGAAAACGCUCGUGCUCAUCGAUUGACCAGUUUUUAAAUGUGCGUAACAGACCACGUGGCUAUGGACCUUACGGAACUGGAAUGUAACCUACGGCGGCCCUCGUGUAAACCCGCAGUCCGGCUGGUAUAUUUACCAUGCUUGUUUGUAUGGCGAGAUUUUUUAACCUAGUGUUACUGAAUUUAUUAGUCCCCCGUACAUGCCGCACAUGUGCAGUCAGCGUGAUAUCUAAAAGGUCGUUGCUGAUUAAAAACCAGAACAAGAACCCACCAAUUCCCGGUUAUAGGUUUGCACUCCGUCUUUAGGUUCUCCGUCCAAAGAGUUUGUCCAGUUGAGUAGCCAGAUUUAUUUUGCAAAUACGCUUUGGGAUGGCGAAGUGUCAAGAGCACUUUUGACCUAUGGUUUGACAUUUGACCCGGACCACUGAAAAAAAUGAAACUGAAGAAUGUUUGAUUUUGCUAGCACAUUAGUUAGUUCAUAUGAGUGUACACGAAUUGUACUUUACAAUGUGACUUUUAUUUCUAAUACUACAGAAGAUGUUUAUUUAAAUACACUAUGUACUUGCUGACCAGUCGGUAUAGUCUUCAAUAAAACAUCAAGGUACCGAACCUUUAAUAUUCGUGGAUGAAUGUUAUUGAACGCAAAACUCUCAUCGAUACUGAAUUAAUAAGUAUUUCAGGAACUGAAAAAAAGUAAUUCAAAUAUUUCGCGAAUAGUGUUACAUGAAGACAAUAUGGAAUUCAAACAUCCGCAAAAUGACUUUUAAACACAGUAACACGCAUGGCACAUGACAGUCUUUUAAAUUUCUAGCCUUGCGAAAAAUACCAUUCUGAUAAAAAAAAAAAAAAACAUAUGAAUUACAUGGUUACACAUGUGUGAUAGUUUAUGGAAGUCAGCUCGUCUCGAUUCGAUUCAGAAUCGACCCUCAAUAUAUCCAGUUGACCGUUUUUAUAUGCAACUUAAACAGGUUGCUCUUCGACACUUUGGAAUUAGCCAGGUCAUUAACAUGGUGUUUUGUUAUGUCUGUAUAAUUAUCUUGGACUACGACUGUUUAUUUUUUUCUGAACUUUUCAUUUCGAAGUUUGGUUUCGGUGUCUUUCAAAGUCGAUUCUUUCCGGUGUUCUGCCAUUCGGAUACCGAACCGUCGCUGGCGACGUUUUGUAUAGGUACUAUAUCCUUAGGGUGUACUAGGAUGACCCGGAUCGUCUUAUAGGGCUUAAUGAAGCAUUGUUGGUAAGUGCUAUAUUUGAAGCUGAUAUAUGUUGUCAGCACAAAUGAUUUCCUUGAUCAGGAAUAACCGCUUCGAAGUACAUCGUCAAUAGGUGUGUUGGUAAAGAGAGAUACAACAUCAAAUAAAACGAAUUCUUCGUCAAUUUGAAUAAUAGCGGUGGACAUACUUUCAGCACUUGACAUGGUAUUCAAAUUAACUGAAACAGCACCCAAAGAAUGUCUGCUAUAGAAGUGAAAAUAUUAUAUGGGUCUCUUCAUUAAAAAAAAAAAAGCAUUUUUUUCUUUAUUUUUUUUUAAUGAGAAAGGCGGGCUUGCAACGUGCCCAAGUUUCAUAAUAAUGCUGAUAUAUCUUGUUUUGUUUAUUUGUAGUUCGAUCCUUUGAAUGUGUAU